AUGUGGACAACCCUCGGAUCUGAGGCUAUUCUCGCAGUCCGAACGUAUGCAUUCCUCGCCAAGAAUAAAUACGUCGCAAUCGGGCUUUCCCUUGGAUUGAUUGGCGAGACUGCGUUCCUUCUUUACGUCUCCAUCGCUGGUGUGCAUCAAACAGGCCUCGCCCUUGGCACGAAAGGUCCAUGCACAGCCAGUGAUUUCCCUGGCAAGCAUGUCGUCAGUGGUUUCUGGCUUGCGCCGGUCGCAUUCGACCUUAUCUGUACAUUCUUAACGCUGGCAAAGGUUUGUCACCAACCUCAAUAUGCUUUCCAAACCCGGCACAUUCAUAUGUCGCCUUUGUUGGUCACAUUUAUUCGAGAGGGGCUGUUUUAUUUCUUAGCCGUGGCUGCUGUUAAUGUCCUCAACGCUGCCUUCAUGUUCCAAAGCAACGCGAAUAUUCAGAACAUUAAUAGCUUCCUCGCUCUGAUUCUUUCUCAAUGCCUCUGCUGUAGGCUGGUUUUGAAUCUGAGGGCCCCAAACCACACCCAGGAGUCAGCCACUUACAGUGCACGUUCAGCUCCAUCGCGGCCGAACCCCUCCGCGCCAAGUUAUCAGCGUUCUAAUGGCUUCCCGGUCGGCUCACCCGCCCAAAUGAAGUCCGGAGCGGUCAAUAUUCCUCUCCACAGCUUCAGUCAGGACGACUCGGAGGACUACGGAGGUGUUAAGGUUCAUGUAGAUGUUGAGACUGAUUCGGACCGCAAUCGCAAGCAGUGA